AUGAGCUCGGUCCCAACCUCUCCUCACUUGGCCAAGCGCUCCAUCCCCCAAGACUUCAAAGGUGACCGUGACCAAAGCACUCUUGUACCGCUCGAAACGGUCGACAAGCUGCUCGACGCUCCCGGAAGCCUACUCGAGACCCAAGUCAAAUUCAUCAAUGGCCGACUCACCAAGGUUUGGAAGCAACUUCCAAACUCUGUUCGUGAUCUUUGGAUGUUUGCUGCUACAACUUAUGCUUCCAGAACCAUGAUUGUUGCCGAAGGUGAAUCACAUACCUAUGCUCAUGUUCACAAGCGCGCCAUGCUCACCGCUACCUGGCUUUCGCGUCAGUUUGGCGUGAAAAAGGGCGACAGAGUCGCAAUUGUCGCCCGCAACCAUGUCGAAUUCGUGAUUGGCUUUUAUGCUGUACACCUCUUGGGAGGCGUACCGGCGCUAGUCAAUGCCUUCCUUCCUGGAAAGGCCAUCUACGACUGCAUCAGGGAUGUAGGCUCCAAAGUGGCCCUUUUCGACGUGGAAAGGUUCAGACGUUUGCGAGAUGCAGAGGAAAACUUUGUGCACAAGCUUUUUACGCAAGCCAGUCCAGACUGUGUCGACGACUUUGGCUGCACACCAGGUGCUCACAGUGGUCUAUCUGGUGUAGCUGUCUUUGCUCGCAGCUUUUCAGGUAUCCUGGCCCAAGAAGAGCGAGAGUGGGCUCAAGCCAACGGCGCUAACAAUGUGUUUGAUGCUUUCCAGCUCGACCGCAAGUUUGCUUCCGUCGCCCAGUCCGCCGAUGCGAUUCCCAAGAUCGACAUUCAACCCGAAGACCUGGCUUCCGUGCUAUAUACCUCUGGUACCACAGGUAAACCGAAAGGCGUAGCCGCUACACACCGUCAGUUCCUUUCGGCAGGUCCUAAUUCUGGCUUCUCGAUUGCUCGCGCCUACGUCCGUCGUGGAUUGGCACCCCCCACACCCCAACCGGAUGACGAACAAGCUUCCUCGAUCUUCCUCAUCCCUCUCUUCCACUCUACCGGCAUUCAAUCCGGCCUAUGCCCCAGCGUGCUGCGUGGCAGCAAGAUCGUCCUCAUGCCCAAGUACGAUCUUGAAAAGGCAAUCGAACUCAUCCAGCAGCACAAGAUCCAAGUCGUUCUCGGAAUCGGAUUCAUGGUUCGAGAGAUCGUGCUCAGCAAGCACGAGCUUCCUUCUCUCCAGGGUCUUUCGCAUGGCGGAUCGUCAAGCGCCAAAGAGUUGCCCGAAGAGUCUCGUCAGAAGUUCCCGUCGAUGCUCAUCGGUCAAGGUUACGGCAGCACCGAAGUCAACGGUGCUGCCUCGGGUCUGGCCAGUGACGACUACUUGGCUCGACCCACUUCGGCCGGUCGUGCUCCUCCAACCAUCGAGAUCCGUAUCAUCGACCCCGAUACGCUGACCGAGGUGGCCAAUGGCAAAACGGGCGAAAUCUGGGUUCGCGGUCCCAACGUCGCUCUCGGCUACUGGGGUAAAAAAGCGGCCACAGAAGAGGCCUUUACCAAAGACGGCUUCUUCCGCACCGGUGAUCUUGGUCGCAAAGAGGACGAUGGCUUCAUCUACGUCAUGGAUCGAUCCAAACACAUCAUCAUCCGUGGUGGCGAAAACAUCAGCGGUACAGAGGUGGAAACGGCGAUCUAUUCAGAACGAAGGAUCAUUGACUGUACAGCUGUUCCCAUCCCCGACCAACGUUUCGGCGAGACAGUCGGCGUCGUAUGUGUCCCACGCGCCGAGUAUCAGAAGCAGAACAGACCGACAGAGCAAGACGUGCUCGCCGUAGCACGCAAGUUGCUGCCUAAGCACGAGGUCCCUGACUUUGUCUGGAUCCGAGACGAGCCUCUAGAGAGGAACGCUAACGGUAAAGUAGACAAGGCCAUCGUCAAGGAGGCGGCUAGGAAAAGGCAUGCCCAACUAAAGGCUGCUAGUGCCAAACCCAGAUUGUAG